AUGUGCGUCCCCAUGCCGGGGCUGCUCACAGCCCUAGCUGUAGUGUUUGGGACAGCUGUAGCGUUUGCACCUGUUCCUCGGAUCACCUGGGAACAUAGAGAGGUCGGUCUGGUGCACUUUCACGAGCCAGGCAUCUUCAACUAUUCGACCUUACUGCUCAGUGAGGACAAGGACACUCUGUACGUGGGUGCUCGCGAGGCUGUCUUUGCUGUGAAUGCCCUUCAUAUAGCUGAGAAGCAGCAUGAGAUUUAUUGGAAGGUUUCAGAAGACAAAAAACUAAAAUGUGCUGACAAAGGAAAAUCAAAACAGACGGAAUGCCUGAACUACAUCCGAGUACUACAACCACUCGAUGCUAACACUCUUUAUGUGUGUGGCACGAAUGCGUUCCAGCCAACCUGUGACCACCUGAGCUUAACACCCUUUAAGUUUCUGGGGAAGAAUGAAGAUGGCAAAGGAAGGUGUCCCUUUGACCCAGCACAGAGCUAUACGUCCAUCAUGGUCGAUGGAGAGCUGUACUCCGGGACAUCAUAUAACUUUUUGGGAAGCGAACCAAUCAUCUCCCGCCAUUCUUCCCAAAGCCCACUGAGAACAGAGUAUGCCAUUCCUUGGCUUAAUGAACCCAGCUUCAUCUUCGCAGAUGUGAUACGAAGAAACCUCAGUGAUGCAGAGGGCCAGGAUGACAAGGUGUACUUCUUCUUCAUGGAGGUGUCUGUGGAGUAUGAGUUUGUUUUCAAGCUGAUGAUUCCUAGGAUAGCAAGAGUUUGCAAGGGUGACCAGGGCGGACUGAGGACAUUGCAGAAGAAGUGGACAUCCUUCCUGAAGGCCCGGUUGAUCUGUUCCAAACCAGAUAGCAACCUUAUUUUCAACAUACUGCGGGACGUGUUUGUUCUCCGAGGCCCGUGGCUGAAGGAGCCUGUGUUCUAUGCCGUCUUCACCCCACAGCUGAACAACAUGGGGCUGUCAGCAGUGUGUGCUUACAACUUGUCCACAGUGGAGGAGGUCUUCUCCCACGGGAAGUACAUGCAGAGCACCAUGGUGGAGCAGUCGCAUACCAAGUGGGUGCGCUACAAUGGGGAGGUGCCCAAGCCACGGCCCGGAGCGUGCAUCAACAAUGAGGCCAGAGCAGCCAACUUCACCAGUUCUCUGAACUUACCCGACAAGACGUUGCAGUUUGUGAAAGACCACCCUCUGAUGGAUGACUCCGUCAUCCCGACCGACGGCAGGACCCAGUUAAUUAAGAAGGAUGUGAACUACACCCAGAUUGUGGUGGAACGGGUACAAGCCUUGGACCGGACUAUCUACGAUGUGAUGUUCCUCAGUACAGACAGAGGCGCCCUGCACAAAGCCAUCAGCCUGGAAAACGACAUGCACAUCAUUGAGGAGACACAGCUGUUCCAGGACUUUGAGCCAGUCCACACCCUGCUGCUGUCUUCAAAAAAGGACAAAAAGUUUGUGUAUGCUGGCUCCAACUCGGGCGUGGUCCAGGCCCCUGUGGCCUUCUGCAGGAAGCAUAGCACGUGUGUGGCCUGUGUGUUAGCACGGGAUCCCUACUGUGCCUGGAACCCACAUGCCAGCGUCUGUGUCGCUCUGCACCAGGAACAUGUCUCUGGCAGGGGCUUGAUUCAGGACGUGCGUGGGGGCGUGUCUGCUUGCCCUGAUAGAGUUAAGGAAAGUUACGGGCAGCAUUUUUUCAAGCACGGUGGCACAGCAGAGCUCAAAUGUUCCCAGAAGUCCAACUUGGCUCGAGUGGUGUGGAAGUUCCAGAAUGGCAUGGUAAAGGCUGACAGCCCCAAGUACAUUCUGGUGGGCGGGAAAAACUUGCUCAUCUUCAACCUGUCUAAAGAGGACAGCGGGGUGUACCAGUGUCUGUCGGAGGAGAUGGUGAAAAAUAAGACUGUCUCUCAGGUGCUCGCUAAGCAUGUUUUGGAGGUGCAGUUGCUCUCAUACACUCGGGCACCUCCCAGUAGAACUGCCUCCAGAGUGCUGGCUGAGACCUCUGUCGGAACUUCUCCCCAGACGUCGGCUGUGCAGAUCAGCACACUUCCUCCCGUGAUGACGACACCCCCCCACCUGGUGCCCACAAGCACUCCAUGCCAGCCAAAGAUCGUCAUCAACACCGUCCCACAGAUCCACUCCGAGAAGACCAUGUAUCUCAAGUCCAGCGACAAUCGCCUGCUUAUGUUUCUCUCCCUCUUCUUCUUUGCUCUGCUCCUCCUUCUCUUUUCUUACAACUGCUACAAAGGCUACCUGCCUGCACAGUGUCUGAAAUUCCGCUCCGUUAUGGUUCUCGGAAAGAAAAAGUCCAAAUCUGAUUUUUCUGACUGUGAGCAGAACGUGAAGGAAACAUUGGUGGAGCAGGGAAGCUUCUCUCAGCAAAACGGAGAGCAACCCAAGCCAGCUCUGGACACGGGCUAUGAGACGGAGCAGGACACCAUCACCAGCAAACUCCCCACUGACAGGGAGGACUCACAGAGAAUGGACGACCUACCUGUCAAGGACAAGCCUUUUGAUGUGAAGUGUGAGCUGAAGUAUGCUGAUUCGGAUGCUGAUGGGGACUGA